AGGCGGGAAGCUUUGAGGACAAUGUUAUUUAUUUUCUUCUGAUUAAUUUCAGAAGUUGAAGAAAACUUCUCGUUUUUGUUAUUGUUAUUAUUUGAUUGUGUAUAUAUAUAUAUCGUAUGUGUGCGAGUCUUUUUAUUCUUGGUGGUGUGUUUCUGGAAACUUUUUUUCUUUUCUCCUUCAUCGACCACUGAUCCUUGCCUCCGACGUCUCCCUCUUAAACAGUCAGCUUUCUUCUGUGGGGGGCACCGAGCUGUUUCUUUAAAAACCACCACCACCUUCCACGAUCUAAAACAAAACACCAGAAUGCCUUCUAGGACUUCGUCAAUCUCAAAGACUACAAUAUCUUCGCCAAAACUUAGGGAAUCCAAUAAAAUUGUAAAAGAUCUUCAGAGCAAAUUCCAGACUGGAGACAUCACAGAAGUGGAUUACUGGAACCAACUCUGUGAGAAGUUCAGCCAUGUUCUCACUGGAGCAGCGAAGGACGAGAUCCAAGCCUUGGAGACGGAAUUGGAAGAAGAAUUAUUGACCAUUAAAGGUUUCUGCAAAAAGAUGGAAGACAUUCUACAACCUCUGUUGUCUAACACACUACCCAAAGUACCAUCGCUGAAGCCAGUUCUUGUUAAGCCUCAGGAGGUCACCAAAGACGACACAACACCAGCGUCCAAACGUUCAGCAGAAAAAAAAAAUGGCAUUAGUGAUAGCGCCGAAAAUGAUGAGGAAGUGGAGCCUGGACUGUCACCGUCCAAGAUGGGUAAAACGGAUGAGAAGGAUCAUAACUGUGAGAAGAAGGAAUCUACCUCAGUAGCCACUGAUGCUAUUACUAACGACAACAUCCAAUCUUCUCCACCUACAACCAGACGGAAUGGUCAGAGCUCAAAUGGAAGAAACGAGAAUGGUGUAGAAGAAAAUGGUUUGAAAAUUACAAAUGGUCAUUCCACAGAAGAUGAUGUGAAAUUUCCAGAAGCAGUUCCGUCGUCUGAACCAGGAAAUGAUAAAAAUCCUCCUGCCACCCCUGAAAGUCGGAAAAGUAAGUCAAAGCGAACCAGAUCUUCGGGAAUUCAACCAUCCAUUACAUCAAUGUUUGAGAGAAUACCUGAGAAGCGUAAAGCAUCUGAUGAUGACGAAGAAAACAGUGGAGUGAAACAAGAGGAGAAGAAAAUAAAGACGUCUGAGAUUAAUGGCAAAAAUGAUGAAAAUAAGGAAACCUCAUCAGUGCAAAACGCAGAUACCAAACUAACCAAAGAACAGGUGACCCCUAUUAAAUGCAGGGGCUGUAAACAGUUGUUAGAUGACCCUGAAUUGGUGUUAUUUCAUGGUGACCCUCCUGAUGCUGUUGAGGAAUUCAUAGCUCUCACUGACACCAAAUUGUCCGUCUUUUCUGGCAACGAUGAUGAAGUGUCUAGUUUCGAUGAACGACCCCAACACAAACUCUCCAAUUUUAGUGUUUACGACAAAGCCACCCAUUUGUGUGCGUUUGACACUGGUUUGAUAGAAAAGAACGUUGAGCUCUACUUCAGUGGAGUUGUCAAGCCAAUUUAUGAUGAAAACCCAAGUGCUGAUGGUGGUGUCCCUUGUAAAACCAUGGGACCAAUCAAUGAAUGGUGGACUGCAGGGUUUGAUGGUGGAGAAAAUUCUUUAAUUGGUUUCACAACAGCUUAUGCUGAUUAUAUUUUAAUGUCUCCCAGUAAAAUUUAUUCCCCGUUUAUGGACAUCAUGAGGGAGAAGAUCUAUCUUUCCAAGAUCGCCAUUGAAUUCUUACAGAGUAACCUUGAUGCCACUUAUGAAGAUUUGCUCAAUAAAAUUCAGAUAACGGUUCCACCAAAUGGCAUCACGAAUAUCCCUACUGAAGAUGCUUUGUUGCGUCAUGCCCAGUUUGUGGUCGAUCAGAUUCAAAGUUAUGAUGAAGCUGCUGAUGAUGAUGAAGCCCUCCUCAUCACAACACCUUGUAUGAGGGCAUUGAUCAAACUUUCAGGAGUCACUCUUGGCAAACGGAGGGCUCUACGUAAGCAGCUCCGUGAACCCAAAGUGAAGUCAAAGGAUACGCAAACGAUGGCUGCCACAACGUCUCUUGUGCGUAACAUUUUCGACAGCAUGUUCCAGGGACAGAUAGAUGACAACGGCUUUUCUUCUGCCAGUCGCAGGAAAAGAUGUGGUAUUUGUGAGGUUUGUCAGCAACCAGAUUGUGGUAAAUGCAAUGCUUGUAGAGACAUGAUUAAAUUUGGAGGAUCGGGCAGAAGCAAGCAGUGCUGCGUUCAAAGAAGGUGUCCUAACAUUGCUGUCGCCGAAGCUGAUGAGGAUGAAAUCCAAAGUGAUGAUGAUGAAAAUAUUGUAAAGAAGGGAGAUGACUCAGAAAAACCAAUCCGUCAUGUGGCAAGUAGAAACACCAAGACGAAGCUAGAAUGGGUUGGAGAACCUGUCAAAACGACACCCACAAAUAUUUAUUACAAUGCUGUGACCAUAAAUGGUAAAAAGGUGUGUGUCGGAGACUGUGUGGCUGUGAAACCUGCCAACCCAACUGUGCCAAUGUAUAUAGCAAAGGUGGCCUACAUGUGGGAAGACAAGUUCAAAGAGAAGAAGUUUCAUGCAUUAUGGUUCUGUCGAGGAUCUGAUACAAUCUUGGGAGAAACGGCAGAUCCUUUUGAACUGUUUUUGGUUGACGACUGUGAAGAUUCUUGCCUUGAAUAUACAAUCAGUAAAGUUAACGUGGUGUACAAGUCCAUCCCCUCUGACUGGGCCAUGCUGGGUGGAACUGAUGAGGACACUAACUUCAACAACAAUGAUUCCAAGACAUUUUAUUACCAAAAAUGGUAUGACCCAGAAUUGGCCAGAUUUGAAGAUAUUCCCGAAGAUCCAAACUCUUCAGAAAUAAACUCCCACAAGUUUUGUUCCAGCUGCUCCCGACUCGAGACUUUACGGAAAAAAGAGACACCAUGUCUUGGAGAACAACUGGAGAAUGGCAGCAAAGAGAGCAACCGGCUGUACUAUAAGUCAGUGAAAAGGGACAGUAUUGAGUAUAAAUUAGGGGACUGUUGUUAUGUGGAACCCAGCGCUUUCUCUUUUAAUGUUAAACAUGUCCCACAAAAGAAACCCAAGGCAGAAAAACGUGAGUUUGAUGAUGAUGCUUACACAGAAGCCUACCGGAAAUCUUCGGAUUACAUCAAAGGCUCAAACGAGUACGUACCCCAACCUUUCCAUAUUGGUCGGAUCACAGAAAUCUUCUGCCGGAAGGUUAGCAACAGUCGUCUUAUGGAUCUCACUGACAUCAAAGUUAAAAUCAAUAAAUUUUACAGACCAGAAAACACUCACAAAGGUCCUGCAGCUUCCUACCAGGCAGAUCUAAACGUCCUUUAUUGGAGCAACGAAGAGGUCACUGUGGAUUUCAAGACCGUUUCAGGCAGGUGUACAGUGGUGUACAGUGAAAAUUUGAAAGUUGAUAAAGAUACCUACUUCAUGGGUGCUGUUGACAGGUUUUAUUUCACAGAGGCCUACAACCGUGAGAAACGGUCCUUUGAAGAUCCUCCAAAUGUUGCCUGUUUGAUGGGAGAUAAAGGAAAGGGUAAAGGAAAAGGCAAGACAAAAAGUAAGAGCAAAUGUCUUCCUGAUGAAAUUGAACCCACGGUGCCUCCUCUCGCGGCUUUGGAUGUCUUUGCUGGAUGUGGAGGUUUAUCGGAGGGACUUCACCAAGCUGGUAUUGCCAAGUCCCACUGGGCCAUUGAGAAGAUGGAGAUGGCUGCACAGGCAUUCCGUCUCAAUAAUCCUGGCUGUACGGUUUUCACGGACGAUUGCAAUUUAUUGCUUCAGUUAGCAAUGAAGGGAAUAGAGAAAACAUCAAAGGGUCAGAAAUUACCUAAAAAGGGAGAAGUAGAACUGCUGUGUGGAGGUCCUCCAUGCCAAGGAUUCAGUGGUAUGAACCGUUUCAACUACAGAGACUAUUCCAAAUUUAAGAAUUCUUUGAUUGCUUCCUACCUAAGUUACUGUGAUUUUUAUCGACCGAGGUUCUUUGUCUUGGAAAACGUGCGAAAUUUUGUGUCAUUCAAGAAAAGUAUGGUCUUGAAGUUGACUUUGCGCUGUUUGACACAAAUGGGUUACCAAUGUACUUUUGGCGUUCUGCAGGCCGGCAAUUAUGGUGUGGCUCAGACUCGGAGAAGGGCCAUAAUCUUAGCAGCUGCCCCAGGAGAGAAGUUACCAUUCUACCCAGAUCCUUUGCAUGUGUUUGCACCUCGAGGUAUGCAGUUAUCAGUUGUCGUUGAUGACAAGAAGUAUAACUCUACCAUAACCCGUAAUGGGUCGGCCCCGUUUCGGACCAUCACUGUCCGUGACACCAUGUCUGACUUACCAGAGAUCCGCAACGGGGAUAAAGAGGAAGAGAUCCAAUACAACGGAGAACCAUAUUCCCAUUUCCAGAGAUUGAUUCGUGGCAAGCAGCACCAACCAAUUCUACGGGAUCACAUCUGCAAGGAGAUGAGUCCUCUGGUGCAUGCAAGGAUGCAGCACAUUCCACUUUGUCCCGGCGCUGACUGGAGAGAUUUACCAAAUGUUGUAGUGAAAUUAUCUGAUGGGAACAAAACCAAAAAACUUCAUUACAGUCACCACGACAAACGAAACGGUAAAGGGCCAAACAAUCAAUUAAGAGGCGUGUGUGCCUGUGCCCCCGAAGGCAAAUGUGAUCCUAUGGAUCGACAGUUCAACACUCUGAUACCCUGGUGUCUGCCCCAUACAGGCAACAGGCACAACCACUGGGCUGGUCUCUAUGGUCGUGUAGUCUGGGACGGGUUUUUCAGUACAACCGUCACUAAUCCUGAACCAAUGGGGAAACAGGGUCGUGUGCUCCACCCUGAACAACACAGAGUGGUCAGUGUAAGAGAAUGUGCCAGGUCACAAGGUUUUCCGGAUACUUAUCGCUUCUUUGGAAGCAUCCUUGAUAAACAUCGUCAGGUUGGUAACGCUGUCCCACCACCAAUGUCACGACAAAUUGGUUUCGAAAUUAAGAAAUCUCUGCUGUGGAGAAUGCAGAACUCUGCUGAACAGAAACCUGAAGAACAGAGCAAAAUGCAGAACUGAACCCCAGGAAGAGAGAGCGAAAGAAAGAAAGA